GAUCGUCUCUGAUUGAAUGAAAUAGAUUGUUUUAGGUUUUCACUUCAUUCUAUAUUAUUUGUGGAAAUAAACCUGGUACAUUUUAUAAAGUAGAAUAUUCUUAAAAAAAAAAAAAAAAAAAAAUUUAAGUAGGUCAUACAGGCUGAAAAAUACCGGUAGCUGUUUAGACACUGUGGUUAGAGAAUUUAAAUAAAGACUUGCCCCCUAACCUCAAACAGAAACAAUCUAGAGCCUGAAGGUUCUCAAACAGCACAGAGAGGCUUGAUACUGAGCGAGAUGCAGAGCUCCAUGGUUCCACUGAACGCUCCGCUGGAUGCUGGCAGAGGAGCAGGGACAGUCGUGGUGGUAAUGCCGGACCAUCCACCCGAUUAUAUAGUGUGGUCCAUGGCCAGCAUCAUCUACGGAAACCCGUGCUGUCUGGGCCUGAUCGCCUUUUAUUACUCCAUCAAGUCCAGAAACCGGAAGAUGGUGGGGGACAUGACUGGGGCAAUGUUUUACGCUUCCAAGGCGCAAUCCUUCAAUGGCUGGGCGCUGACAUUUAUCAUUAUCACUAUCAUACUCCUCAUAGUGUUGAUGGUGGUGGUGAAUGCCCAACUGUUGAGUUCCAGAAGAUAAUAUAGCUAAAAGUUUUAAUUUCACUGCAAGUUAUAUACUGUAUAUAACCGUGCAUGUGACAAAUAAAAAUCUUGAAUCUUGAAAACUGUCUCUCAACUGAUAAAAAAAAAAAACAUAGAAAGCAACAUUAUCUCUUAGAAAAAUGAUUUGUUGUUGAAGUCCAUCUGAGGAACACAAAAUACUUUUUGAAUCAUGUAUUUGUGAAAUGAGUAAUAAAAUAUUCUCAUUGAUGAAAGCAUUGAUUA